AUGCCGAUGAGGACGGACCCGAACGGGGCCAUCCGCCCCACUCCGGACUGGAUACCGGACUGGAUACCUCGCGGUUCCACGGAAAUGGGGCCGGUCGUGUCACCUCUGUCGCCGAGCGCAAUUCCCGAAAGUUCCACCAACGUUCUUAUCCGUCAAAAUGCUAGUGAUUAUGGGCCAUCCGAAACUUCUGAUGAGAACCAGGGCUUUACCGAGCGACCCCCAAUUGAGGUUCUAGUGAAGCCAGAGCCGGACCGCACUGUCAAGAGAAAGUUGAAGGGGAUACACCUAUUUAUGAUCACCAUUAAUGGAACAUUAGGAACAGGCCUCUACUGGAGAAGCGGUCAGAUUCUUGAAAUUGGCGGCCCUCUCGCUGUCCUGUUCUCUUUCGUCCUCGUUGGUCUCCUAGCUUGGGCUGUCAUGCAGUGCGUCACGGAGCUCUUAUGCAUCUGGCCUGUACCAGGUGCGCUGUCUGUCUACGUUGGCACCUUUGUGGAUCACGAGCUUGGGAUCGCUGUUGGCGUUGCAUAUUGGUUUACGUACGCCGUCAGCUUCUCUGCGCUCAUUGCAACUAGCUCUGCGUUGAUGAACUUUUGGAUAGACCAGUCGAACCAAGGUCUAUCAGUAGGAAUUGUUUAUGUUCUGAUUCCCAUCAUGAUGGUGUUUGUAAACGCGUUCGGCAUUGAAAUAUAUGGGCUUGUUGAAGUGGUCACAGGAGGCAUCAAGAUCGCCUUUCUGAUCGUCAUCGUGGUGGCUCUCAUUGCUAUCACUGGAGAAGGUUCUGCAUCAGGCGGAGAGGCCGUACCUAUUUUCAAGGAUCCCUUCCAGUAUGAUGCCGACGCAGCACCAGAUUGGGGCGUUGCUCUUCUAAUGUCUCUAUCAAUCGCAGCGUUUGCCUAUGUUGGCGUCGAGAUAGUGGCAGCGUCAGCCCUGGAAGCGAAAUGGCCAGAACCUCGUCAUCGUCCGUCCCAAGAAAAUUCAGCUGCUGAAUCCCGACCAUCAAAUGCUGAAACUCUCAUCGGACGCACCGUCAAGUUCUCGGCCAUUUUUAUAUCAGUGCUUGUAGGCGUGGCAUAUACCCUCAGCGGCAUGCUCGUCUCCUUGAACAUUAGGCCCGAUGAUUGCGCCCUUCCGCAUCUUAGCUGGGUUAAGAACACCACUUCCUGUAAUUGGUACUCUGAGGAGGACAGGGCCCACCACAAAAGCGCAACAUCCUCCGCUUUUGUGGUCAUCGCCGGCCGGUCCAACGCCCGGAUUCUGGACCAUGUUUUCAACUUCUUUCUGGUUUUCACAGCGCUCACAUGCGCUAACACGAACCUUUACGUUGCUUCACGAAGUCUUUUUGGCUUGACGAGUCGCUUGGAUGGAGGUGCCGGGCAACCAUGGGUGCUGAGAAUCCUAGCUUGGUUCGGACGAACGAACAGACGCAAGGUGCCAUUGAGGGCAAUGGUCUUCUCGGCAAUUGCGUUCUGGUGGGUGCCUUUCCUCCAGAUUUCAGGAGGCACUGACACAAAUACUCCCAUCGGCAUGUUUAUCGAGAUUCUAGCCCAGAUGGGCUCUGCUGGUGUUGUUAUUGUUUGGGCAUGUCAGUGCCUGGCUUUUAUUCGGUACUAUCAUUGCAUCGACAAGCACCGGCGUGCUCUUGAGAGCCGAAAGAUUGCUCAAGUCCAGCGCUGGAACUACGAAAGAAGCGACUAUCCCUAUCGAAGCCACGGGCAGCCAUUCCUAGCCUACAUGGCCCUGAUCAGCUAUCUUCGUCUUCUUGGCUCUAUGGGCAUGUCUGAAACUGUUUAG